UCAUUUGAAACAUUUUCCUGCUCACGCACAAUAGGGCCAUUCGCAUUCUUAACAACCUCCCUCAGUGUGACCCUUUUUCUCUUGUCUCUGUGGUUUGGGGUUUCUGGUAACCUGGAUUCGCCGGCUAUCCGCUUGGGUAAACAUUCUCAUUUACUCCAGACAGUAUGACACAAAGGUCUCGGGAAACAUCAUUUCUAAUCACAGCCGGUCAGGGAGGGGACGGGACGGCAGAGAAAAGAAAUACGGAGAGCCUUUGAGCACUGAAUGAGCUGAAGCCGAAUGACGUUAUUUGUUUUGUCAUUCCUGGACCAAUGGGGAAACACUUGCUUUUGGAAUACAGAAGGUUUAGAUCCCUCAGGAAGUUUAAGUCUGACGCCCUUGAAGAAAAGUCUGGCAAGAGGGGCCCUUUAUGCAGUGGUUCUCAAACUGGGGGGCCCUAAAAUGGAUCCAGGGGGCCACAGAUUAUAUAACAUUUUAUGAAAUAUUUGUUUUUAAAAAGUAUGUUUUUAUGUUUUAUAGUGCUUGGGUGUGUUCUUUGACUAAAAGAAAAUGUUAUGUCAUCACUGCAAAGAAUCUUUUAAUCACGUUUGUUUGUAGUGUUCAUGAUCUCUCUAGCUGUCCUUCCUAAUUCUGGUCAGGGGCCCUUCUCUAAUAUUUCUAACACACUCAGUCCCGUUCCUUUAACGGGAUAAUUCGAAUCAGGUGUGUGAGAUAAAAGAAACAUCUGAAAUAUGCGGUGCUGUGGGCCAUGACAGAACUGUUUUGGAAGUCUCCCUUAUCUACAGACGGAGUGGGGGUUGCCAGGUUCAAGGAACAACGUGACUCUCGCUCAAAAGGAAUAAAAACUAGUCAUAAAAUAAAAUCGCAUUCUUUUUAUUUUAAUUACUUCACUUUAAUUGUUUCAUCAAUGUUGUUUGUAUGGAUUUUGUGCAUAAAUAUUUAUUUAUAAUGGUACAUUUCAAUUAUGCGGAAAAAGGCCGAGUCUGGCAACGCGCAGCCUGUGCGGCCUCGACACGUGUUAAAUCCGACAUCGCCAUCUCGUGGCGAGACGUUUAAAUGUUAAAUUCUUACAUGGUUUAAUGGCGUCAUAUCUAUUUAUAAAUGAUUCUCGUCAUUUCCAGUAGGGAUAAAUAGAUCGAUAUAUCGGUCCUGUCCCCAUGUCGUAAUUGUUAUAUUCUCAGGAGAGCCACGCGGAGUCCUAAACACAUAUUUGGGUGAUAUUAAACGGACAGCACACAUUGGUUGAUGUACGUCUGUCAAACUGAAGGGAACAGGUGGGUAAAGCUUUGUGUUCACAGCGAAAGACCCCAAGCCUCCUUCACCUUGAGAUUGGGAACCCAGAGGGAGCGCGCGACCAAAGACGUUCGGUUGACCUUUAAUCUCAUCAAGAGACGCUCGAGGAGAGCAAUCUGUGCCAGAAGAUAAAUCGGAUCGACUCUGAACCGCCGCCUACACAACCAGAUGAGCGGUCCAUUCAAUUACAAGAGAUAUAAGUAUGAACUUUAAAGGACUGUGCCCUGCGAAAGGGUGCGUCCAUUGACCCAUCAACUCAGCGGUGACACAUCUUGCAUCCAAAAAAUAGACACGCUUGGGAUAAAACCGGGUUGCAAUGUCUUUGGUUUCGGGUAAAAUGGCUGGAUGGACCGCACAGGUCUCAGCAACGUUUCUUUUCUAUCUCUUUCUGACUGCUUCGGCCACCAGGCCCAAAGGUCCAGGCCACACGCAUCUGAACUCGAUCAGGAUUGAUGGAGACAUUUCUUUGGGCGGCCUGUUUCCAGUGCACGCUCGAGGGCACGAGGGCAAACCGUGCGGCGAGAUAAAAAAGGAAAAGGGCAUCCAUCGUCUGGAAGCUAUGCUGUUCGCACUGGACCGAAUCAACAACGACCACGAACUGCUUCCUAACAUUACGCUGGGAGCCCGUAUUUUGGACACGUGCUCGCGGGACACCCACGCUCUGGAGCAGUCACUUACUUUUGUCCAGGCGCUCAUUGAGAAAGACGGAACGGACGUGAAGUGUCAGGGUGGAGGAUCGCCCAUCAUUACCAAACCUGAGAGGGUGGUGGGUGUCAUCGGAGCGUCGUCCAGUUCUGUAUCCAUAAUGGUGGCGAAUAUCCUCCGCUUGUUUAAGAUCCCGCAGGUGAGUUAUGCCUCCACGACGUCCGAGCUGAGCGACAACACGCGCUAUGACUUCUUCUCGCGCGUGGUUCCUCCGGACACUUACCAGGCGCAGGCUAUGGUGGAUAUUGUCAGGGCCAUGCGCUGGAACUACGUCUCCACGGUGGCGUCAGAGGGCAAUUACGGAGAGAGUGGCGUGGACGCCUUCAUUCAAAAGUGCCGGGAAGACGGGAGCGUGUGUAUCUCACAGUCUGUGAAGAUCCCUCGAGAGCCAAAAGUCGGAGAGUUUGAUAAGAUUAUUCAAAGACUGGGAGAGAAUCCGAACGCAAGGGUUGUUAUUGUUUUUGCAAACGAAGAUGAUAUUAGGCGGCUGCUGCAGGCGGCAAAGAAUGCCAAUCAGACGGGUCACUUCCUGUGGGUGGGGUCAGAUAGCUGGGGCUCCAAGAUAGCACCUGUACUUCACCAAGAGGAGAUGGGAGAAGGAGCCGUCACCAUCCUACCCAAACGGCAGUCCAUCAGAGGCUUCGAUCGCUACUUCACCAGCCGAACGCUCGAGAACAACCGGAGGAAUAUCUGGUUCGCCGAGUUCUGGGAGAACAACUUCGGCUGCAAGCUCAGUCGUCACGCCUUGAAGAAGGGGUCGGGAAUAAAGAAAUGCACAAAUCAAGAGAGGAUCGGGAAAGAUUCGUCGUACGAGCAGGAGGGCAAAGUGAUGUUCGUGAUCGACGCCGUGUACGCCAUGGCCCACGCCCUCCACAACAUGCACAAAGACCUCUGUACCGGCAAGGUUGGACUGUGCUCGAAAAUGGACCCCGUCGACGGAGCCCUUCUGCUGAAGUACAUCCGCAACGUCAAGAUAGCAGGCAUAGCCGGCAAUCCAGUGCAGUUCAAUGAGAACGGAGAUGCUCCGGGCCGCUACGAUAUCUACCAGUAUCAGAUGAAGAACAAAACAUCCGACUAUAAAAUCAUCGGCCACUGGACAGACCAACUUUACCUAAACACGAGAAUAAUGCAGUGGCCGGGUGGAGAGAAGCAGGUGCCAACAUCCAUAUGCAGUCCGCCGUGCAAACCAGGAUGGCGCAAGAAGAUAGUGAAGGGCAUUUCCUGCUGCUGGCACUGCGAACGCUGCGACGGGUACCAGUACCAGGCCGACACGUACAACUGCAAGAUGUGCCGCUUCGAUUUGAGGCCCAACAAAAACCACACUGGUUGUCAGCCCAUCCCCAUCGUGAAGCUGGAGUGGAGCUCUCCAUGGGCCGUCAUCCCCGUCCUGAUCGCCAUCCUGGGCAUCAUAGCCACUCUUUUCGUGGUGGUCACCUUCGUCCGCUACAACGACACGCCAAUCGUCAAAGCGUCGGGACGGGAACUCAGCUACGUCCUGCUCACCGGCAUCUUUCUUUGUUACGCGACCACGUUCCUGAUGAUCUCCACCCCUGACGUAGGGAUUUGUUCCCUGCGGCGGAUUUUCCUCGGCCUGGGAAUGAGCAUCAGCUACGCGGCGCUGCUCACCAAAACCAACCGGAUAUAUCGGAUUUUCGAGCAGGGGAAAAUGACGAUCAGCACUCCGCGAUUCAUCAGUCCGGCCUCGCAGCUGGCCAUCACCUUCAGCCUGACCUCGGUCCAGCUCCUGGGGGUGUGCAUCUGGUUCGCAGUGGACCCGUCCCAAGCCCUCAUUGACUACGAGGACCAGCGUACGGUGGAUCCAGAGAUGUCCCGCGGAGUUCUAAAGUGCGACAUAUCGGACUUGUCGCUCAUCUGCCUUCUGGGAUACAGCAUGCUGCUGAUGGUCACGUGCACGGUGUACGCCAUCAAGACGCGCGGGGUGCCCGAGACCUUCAACGAGGCCAAGCCCAUCGGCUUCACCAUGUACACCACGUGCAUCAUUUGGCUCGCCUUCAUCCCCAUUUUCUUCGGGACGUCUCAGUCGACAGAAAAGAUGUACAUACAAACCACCACACUGACCAUCUCGGUGAGUUUGAGCGCAUCCGUGUCUCUGGGAAUGCUCUACAUGCCGAAGGUCUACGUGGUGCUGUUCCACCCGGAGCAGAACGUGACCAAGCGCAGCACUCGCAGCCUGAAGGCCGUCGUCACCGCCGCCACCAUGUCCAACAAAUUCAACCCUAAAUCCAGCCUGAGACCCAACGGAGAAGCCAAAUCUGAGCUCUGUGAGAGCCUGGAAACUCAGGAACUCAGCAGUAAACAAACAUACAUCAGCUACAGCAACCAUGCAAUCUAGGUAAGUGAUAAAAGGCCACGGCGAAAUCCCAGAAGUGACCCCUGGAAGAUAGCAUUUCAAGAUAAAUCACUCUCACGCUAACCAGACAGAAGUGAGACAGCCGAAGGUUUGAAGACCCCACAGACACGUUUCCAUUAACCAAGCUUACGUGAAGUCACAUCGGGAACGUCUCGGGAGGCCGUGACUGUUGAGACGGCGAUGUGUCGGAAUGACGGUUGUCACCCAGACAAUUCCAUUACAGCUUGCUUUAUCUAUUCCAAAUGUCAUUGUUAAGGUGAAACUCACUAAUUAAGGACCACAUGUCAGUGUCUGCCGUCUCAUUGAUGCUAACACUAUGUGGUGGCUUCAAAAAAUGAAAAAAAAAAAACUGUAAAAAACAUCAAUUGGAGCUUUAUUUCCCCUCUUGUUUUCUCCUUGGUGAAGACAACAGCAAAGACAGAGAUCAUUGUUUACCGAUAUUGAGCAUGCUGGUUUUGACAUCCUGUGCUGUGUUGUUUUUUCUUUCUUUCUUAUCUUUUUUUUUUAAUGAACCUUUCUGGAAUGCUGUUGAACUAUGUCGCUGUAUUGUUACCUCACCAUGGGCCUUGUGAAACCGUUGAAGAUGUACGAAGUGCUCUUUGGAGUAAUGUUUGCUUGUGCACACCGUUGAGGAACUCGAAAUUGCCCUGUUGUCGAAAUGAUCUGUAGCGCGUCCACGAAAUCCCAAAUCACGAUGUAGGUGUGACCGCUCGAGGUACUGAAAUCCACGUCCACCGAACCGGAAAAGAGCGAGUACCGUUCAUAACAAUUCAGCAAGAAAUGCAAAGCAUCACCGGGCAAGUUCCAGAUGGAGGGCGGUGGAGAGAGACGUGCUAUUUGUCUCUUUAGAUGUUUGUGAUUUUAAGAUUCAGUUCUUAUGAUUUCUCCGAUAUUCUUUGUUUUUUGCACUGUUCGUGCUGCGGAAUAAAAUGUCUAUGUUGACCGUGAUAAAUGGCAACUUAAUGUGUGUUCCUGAUUGCUAAUGUUUGCUUUUCAUCCUAAAGAAAAAAAGUCAGAAACAGUGCCUGAAAUAACGUAUUUGUAAAAUAAGACAUAUGAGGUAUGUGAAGCAUGUUAAUUUUUAUACAUAAAUAAUUUCUAAUAAAGAAAUUUUUC